AUGUCCCAAAACCUUCCUAAUGAAAUUGUGAUUGAUAUCCUGUCAAGGUUGCCAGUUAAGUCCAUUGUCAAGUUUAAGUGUGUAAGCAAGCCUUGGCGCUCUUUGUUUACUGACCCUAAGUUCAUUGAGUUGCAUCUCAAUCGAGCUAUUGCCAAAAACAGCCAUUGCCUUCUGGUGCGGCAUGUGGCUGACCCAGAUGAAAAGAUUUACUCAAAAUGGAAUAAAGCAAUACUUGGGGAUAUUAAUAAGCUCGAAGUUCCCCUUCAGAAUAAAGGGAAUAAUUACUUAACAGUGAAAUCCGGAAAUUCAAUGAUUUGUGUGGGGAGAUACUGGGAUGAUGAAGAGAUUUACUCUUUCCGGAAUGCUGAAACUUUUGAAGAACUUGCAAGGCUAGAAGUUCCUGGACAAAGCAUAACCAAUUAUUUCUCAAUUGUGGGGUGUAGCAAUGGAUUAGUUUGUCUCAAUGAGGCAAAUUUUAAUGGCUCAUAUCACAGCCUUAACUCAUUUUUCUGGAACCCAGCUACCAGAGAAUUCAGAGCCCUUCCAAAGUACUUCAUCAACAAGUUCACCAGCUCACUCGUUGUGGUUGGUCUUGGAUUUGCAUUUGUUCCCAUAACCAAUGACUACAAAGUGGUGAGGAUUCUCUACUUCAUUGAAAGCAAAGUUCAUGAAGUUGAGGUGUUUUCACUAAACACAGAUUGCUGGAGUAAGGUUGAUGCAGACAUCCAGUGCAACAUCACCAGUCAACUUUCACAAGCAUAUGUGAAUGGAUCAUCACAUUGGAUGGCUACUAAGAGGGAUGAUGAUGGUAAUCCUCAUUACUCCAUCUUGUCAUUCAAUAUGGUUGAAGAAACUUUUGGCAUGUUGAUGCUGCCCAAAUGCUGUGAGAAAGAUCACUUUCCUAUGCAUAAAUUGCUUACAAUGUUUGAAGGAUCUCUUGUUGUGGUUGUUUACAAUCCUUACCAGUUGAAUAAGAGUUGUGACAUAUGGGUUAUGAACGAGUAUGGAGUGGCAAAGUCUUGGACUAAAACAUUCUCAUUUGGAAAUGAAGUUGAAGUCAUGAUACCAUUAGGCAUAUUUGAUAAUGGUGAAAUAAUAAUGGAAAAGGAGAAAGAUGGGGAGCUAUAUUCAUUUGACCCAAGGGCUAAGCAAAGAAAGAGUCUGAGUAUGUAUCAGCCUGCUCGCAUUGUCAAAUACAUAGAGAGCCUAGUAUCUCCCCAAGGAAGAAAUAGUAUUGGUGGUUCAGUUUCUGCUCCUUCCACCAGUCAGGUUGAGACUGGAGUGGUCAUUCAACAGCAAAAUGGAAGUGUCUAA